UAAAUUUGGAUAAUUGACAGAUCUGGAACUCGAUUUAAAUGGUUCGUCGACAGCAAUAUUUUUUUAUCCUUUUGGACCUCAAAGUGAUAUGAGGGGAACAACCCCAACGUAACAGGCACAACUGAAAGAAACACAGUUGAACACUAAUUCAGAGACAGACAGGUAGACAGACAGACAGGCAAUCUGAUGCCAACGGUCUCCUCAGUGACUCUCACGGGACGACUCCUCCUGCUGUUGCUAUGGGCACCCCACCUCACCAUGGCAACCAACUGGCUUUCUCUGGCACGUCUGCCACGCUCGCGUCCUGUGUCUGGUGCCGAACCAUGUGGCCGUCUGAGGGGAUUGUCACCAGGCCAAGUUGGGGUGUGCCGGGCACGGGGGGAGGUCAUGGAGUCCGUGCGAAAGGCAGCAGAGAUGGUCAUUGAAGAGUGCCAACAUCAGUUCCGAAACCGGCGUUGGAACUGUUCCACCACUCCUCGUGGGAUCAAUGUGUUUGGACGAGUCAUGAACCAAGGCACCCGUGAGGCGGCUUUUGUCCACGCUCUUUCAUCGGCAGCAGUUGCUGUGGCUGUGACUCGGGGCUGUAGCAGGGGAGAACUGGAGAGGUGCGGCUGUGACCGAAAGGUCAGGGGGGUCAGUCCUGAAGGUUUCCAGUGGUCAGGUUGCUCUGAUAAUCUGUCCUAUGGCGUUGCAUUCUCUCAGACCUUUGUGGACGAGCCAGAGAGAGCUAAAGGCAUGUCAUCAGGGCGACCGCUAAUGAACAUUCACAAUAAUGAAGCAGGACGGAAGGCUAUCCUCCACAACAUGCAGGUGGAGUGUAAGUGUCAUGGUGUUUCGGGGUCCUGUGAGCUCAGAACUUGCUGGAAGGUGAUGCCUCCGUUCCGCCGGGUCGGUGCUGUGCUGAAAGAACGUUUUGAUGGUGCCACAGAGGUACGGCUGACACGCGUGGGCUCUCGCACAGCUCUCCUUCCACGGGAUCCCCAAGUGAAGCCACCAGCCACACGGGACCUUGUCUACUUGGCUUCUUCACCGGAUUUCUGCCGCUUAGACCCAGACAAUGGCAUUCCUGGCACUGCAGGACGACGUUGUAAUGGAACCUCACGGUUGGCACCAGAUGGAUGUGAACUGUUAUGUUGCGGCCCAGGUUUCCGAGCAGGCCGGGCUGAGGUAGUCCAGCGCUGCUCCUGUAAGUUCUCCUGGUGCUGCUCAGUUCGCUGCCAGCAGUGCAAGAACACAGUGCUCAUACACACCUGCCGAGAAUGAGACAUACCUAGAAAAAGCGCACAACCACACAAGCACCACCUCAUCUCAUGCCAGCCUGCAUUAAUGCCUACAUGAUGAAGAACAAACCUCC